AUGUUUGCAGAUAACGAGGAUAGAUUCAUCCAAGUGACACUUAAUCUUAAUGGGAUUGUCAGUAUUACUGAUACAUAUGAGAAUUUUAAAAAUGUCUUCAAUCUAAAAGUCACUACUACUACUACUACUACUACUACUACUACUACUACUACUACUACUACUACUACUACUACUACUACUACUACUACUACUACUACUACUACUACUACUACUACUACUACUACUACUACUACUACUACUACUACUACUACUACUACUACUACUACUACUACUACUACUACUACUACUACUACUACUACUACUACUACUACUACUACUACUACUACUACUACUACUACUACUACUACUACUACUACUACUACUACUACUACUACUACUACUACUACUACUACUACUACUACUACUACUACUACUACUACUACUACUACUACUACUACUACUACUACUACUACUACUACUACUACUACUACUACUACUACUACUACUACUACUACUACUACUACUACUACUACUACUACUACUACUACUACUACUACUACUACUACUACUACUACUACUACUACUACUACUACUACUACUACUACUACUACUACUACUACUACUACUACUACUACUACUACUACUACUACUACUACUACUACUACUACUACUACUACUACUACUACUACUACUACUACUACUACUACUACUACUACUACUACUACUACUACUACUACUACUACUACUACUACUACUACUACUACUACUACUACUACUACUACUACUACUACUACUACUACUACUGAAGCUCAACUCCGGGAGAAACGUCAUUCAUCAGAAGUUUGGCUAGACGACAUAUUGCUAGAUUAUGCUACAUCCUGA